AUGAAUGAAUUCUCAUAUUGUGUAUGUUUCAAACAAGAACAAGGAGUUAUCAUGCAAGAGCACUUGGAGAGCGACAGUAGCGGAUACUUGCUUACUGAUAUGAAUUCCAGAGAAAAAAGUAGUAUUUGCAUAGAUGAAGGGAGUACAGUGUAUAUUAAGCAGGAGGAUGAUAUAGACAUAAAGGAAGAAAAUUCAUUUGAUUUUGAGGAAAAUGAAGUUUUGCAUGCAGACUGGAAUCCCCUAGAUAAUGGCCAGAGUGUGACUGAAGAGUUUUCCCUCAAAUGCUCUCCUUUAUUGAGCAUAGCAGAAAAGACAAACUUUUGUACAGAAUGUAGAAAGACAUUCUGUAGUAAAAAUGCGUUGGUCAUUCAUAUGAGAAUACAUUCUGGUGAGAAACCUUUCAGAUGUGAGGUGUGUGCUAAAGCUUUUUCUAGUAAUGGGCAUCUUCUAAGGCACCUCAAGGUACAUACAAAAGAAAAACCAUACACAUGUGACAUAUGUAACGAGAAAUUUGGUCGGAAAGAAAAUGUGGUGAUACACAUGAGACGGCAUACAGGAGAAAGGCCUUAUAAUUGUGAAAUGUGUGGCCGCAAGUUUGCUCAGAGAAGUGCUCUUGUGAGCCAUAAAAAAAUGCAUACAGGAGAGAAACCUUUCAGUUGUACAAUAUGUGAUGCAAAGUUUGCAUUUAGAGGUGGUGUAGUAACACACAUGAGGGUUCAUACAGGUGAGAAGCCUUUUGUUUGUCAGAUAUGUGAAAGGAACUUUGCUCAAAGAAGUUCCUUAAUAACUCACAUGAGAACACACACUGGUGAGAAACCUUUCAGCUGUAUGUACUGUGGUGAAAACUUUACCAACAAAGGAAAUUUAAUAACUCAUGUUAGGAUACACACUGGCGAGAAGCCUUAUAAUUGCAAUAUCUGUGAAGUGCGUUUCUCUCAAAGAAGCAGUUUGGUUGUGCAUAUGAGAGUGCAUGCAAGAGAUAAGUUACUUUAAUCCUAGAUAAUAUCUGGAGGAAAGCUACAGUUUUUAAAUUUACCUGGUAAGCCAAAUAAUGUAUCAGACAAACAUGAUUUUAGUACUGUAUAAGUAUUAUCUUAACAUAUUUUGUGUACAUUCUGCAAGUUGUACAGUAGUUAAACUCAUUCUUGUAUAAUUUGGACAUUGUAUGCUAUGUUUUAAUAUAUUAUUUAGAUUCAUUUAAUUUUACUUUACCUAAUUUAAUAUUUCUUCCCCUCUCUACUCCUCCCAGGAAGGGCUGUAUGCUUCAAGUUUAGCAGAUAGCCUUUGCUGUAGUAAUGGAAAUAUGUAGGUUUAAGUAAUGUCAGGUGCUGGCAUAACACACCAGAACAGUUUCAGAGAUAUUCAAUGCCCAUAUAAAGGAGAUAUAGAAUGAUUCAAUAAAUGUAUGUGUGUGCA